AUGAAGUCUCUCUCCCGCCUCCUCACCUCCCUCAUAAAGUCUCUCCCCCGCCUCACCUCCCUCAUAAAGUCUCUCUCCAGCCUCACCUCCCUCAUGAAGUCUCUCUCCAGCCUCACCUCCCUCAUGAAGUCUCUCUCCAGCCUCACCUCCCUCAUGAAGUCUCUCUCCAGCCUCACCUCCCUCAUGAGGUAUCUCUCCAGCCUCACCUCCCACAUGAAGUCUCUCUCCAGCCUCACCUCCCUCAUGAAGUCUCUCUCCAGCCUCACCUCCCUCAUGAAGUCUCUCUCCAGCCUCACCUCCCUCAUGAAGUCUCUCUCCAGCCUCACCUCCCUCAUGAAGUUUGUCUCCCGCCUCACCUCCCUCAUGAAGGCUCUCUCCAGCCUCACCUCCCUCAUGAAGUCUCUCUCCCCCCUCACCUCCCUCAUGAAGUCUCUCUCCCGCUUCACCUCCCUCAUGAAGUCUCUCUACCCCCUCCCCUCCCCCAUAAAGUCUCCCUCCCGCCUCACCUCCCUCAUGAAGUCUGUCUCCCGCCUCACCUCCCUCAUGAAGUCCCCCCCCCUAACCUCCCUCAUGAAGUCUCCCUCCCGCCUCACCUCCCUCAUGAAGUCCCCCCCUCACCUCCCUCAUGAAGUCUCUCUCCCCCCUCACCUCCCUCAUGAAGUCUCCCUCCCGCCUCACCUCCCUCAUGAAGUCCCCCCCCCUCACCUCCCUCAUGAAGUCUCUCUCCCCCCUCACCUCCCUCAUGAAGUAUCUCUCCCGCCUCACCUCCCUCAUGAAGUCUCCCUCCCGCCUCACCUCCCUCAUGAAGUCCCCCCUCACCUCCCUCAUGAAGUCUCUCUCCAGCCUCACCUCCCUCAUGAAGUCCCCCCCCUCACCUCCCUCAUGAAGUCUCUCUCCCCGCCUCACCUCCCUCAUGAAGUCUCUCUCCAGCCUCACCUUCCUCAUGAAGUCUCUCUCCAGCCUCACCUCCCUCAUGAAGUCCCCCCCUCAUCUCCCUCAUCAGGUAUCUCUCCCGCCUCACCUCCCUCAUGA